AUAUCGGAGUGAAUAUCGGAACGCAGCUAAAUUUCUUCAUUGGCUUGUACAUAAGAAAAGGACAACAAUCCCUCUUGGAUUUCUCUUUCUUGGAUCACUUCUUGAGUAUUAGAGGGCAUUCCAAUAUUCUUAUUAUUUAAUGCACAUCCGUAAUGACAACCAAGUUGUGAGGUGCGGUUAGGUUAGUUUAGGUUAGGUUAGAAUUUUUACAAAUUUACACAAGUGAUCGUUGGCGUAUGGCAAUCGCUCGAGCGUCCAAGAGCUGCGUAUGAUAACAGUCAUAACACGCAUCUAAGAGAAUUGUGUCAUCUAAAAGAAUAUGGAACAAUCCGUCGACAGUUCAAAUUAUUUUCAAAUAAUUUGGUCUCAUAUAGCCUCUGUGGGAUGGUACAUUGUAGGGCUCUUAGCUAUCACCUAUUAUGUAUUUCCACAUAUCCAAGAGAAAUAUAGAAAUUGGAAAUCGGUACAAAAUCAACAGAGUGAUGCUGCUCAUUCCAAGAGUAGGUUUAACCUAGAAACAGAUCAAUUAUCACGGACAUCAGCUAAUGUAGAAUUAGCGCGACAGAAACUACAAGAGACAUACGACCAAAACUGCAUCUUAGCAAAGCUUAAAGAAGAAGAGGAGAAAGAAAAGAAAAGGCAAAAAGUUAUAAAAUUAUUGGAGGGUAAAGAAGUAGGUAAAAGGCUAGGCAGUUCGUCAGAUAAUCAAGCACCUAGUACGAGCUCAAAUUCAAAAUCACUCAAAUCAGAUUACAAUCCCCUAAUGGGCGAUAAUACCCGCGGAUAUCGUCCUCCGAAACGUAGCUGUUGUGGGAAAGGUGGUUGCGGUUAAUUGCGUUAUUAUACCAGAUUAUACGUGAAAAUUGUUAUGAAAAAGACUAUAACGAACAGAGCAAAAGGGAAAAUAAUUUAAUGGAUAAAAUGACAUUUAACGUAGAAUAUCUUAUUUACAGAAUAAUGAUAAAUUAUCAAAAUAUGUGCAAAAUAUGUUUUCUUAUAAAAGCAAUGAAUCAUACUAUACCAUUUUUAUCAAGUGUUAUUAAAUAAAAGUUUCAGUAAGUUUCA